AUGAAUGUAGUGUGAUGUUGGCCAGCUGUUUCUGGGAUGCCGUCUCUCUCUUCCUGUGGACAGAUAGAACCACAAUCACAGCUCUGUUUUCAGGGAGAGAACAAAUGUUCCAAUCCAAAAGUACUACGACUUUGGACCCCCUUCUCCUCAACGGAGGGCACUUUGUCCAGAGUACUUUCCUUGGCUCAUGGCAAUGUAAUGUAAUGACUGUGUUUCUGUGUUGCUGAACCUAUGACCUUUUUGUGUUUUCAGAAGGAUUCUCCAGUCAAGCCGUCGGUGGUCGAGCUGGCUGGGAGGUUCAAAGGUCACGUCAUACCGACGCCCACUGCACAUGACGAGGUGAAGUUCCUAAAUAGCAUCUCAUUCUAGUUCUGUGGUAAAGUCGCCAUGUCUCCUCUGCCUCCCAUGUUGAUGGUUAACUCACUGGUUGGUCCUAAUAGAGGUAUAGACUAGUGUUGCAUUUGGUAUACCCAAACUUGCUUUACUUUCUGUAUUUUUUUAUCAAAAUGUGUCUCACGUCGUCUCACUGAUUGAGAGCGGAUCAGGUCCGUCUACCAGCGCAGCCGAGGUCCCCUGAUAGCGUGAGAGCUCCGUGCCGGCUCCGCUUACUCACUGCUGGCUCCGCUUACUCACUGCUGGCUCCGCUUACUCACUGCUGGCUCCGCUUACUCACUGCUGGCUCCGCUUACUCACUGCUGGCUCCGCUUACUCACUGCCGGCUCCGCUUACUCACUGCUGGCUCCGCUUACUCACUGCCUGCUCCGCUUACUCACUGCCUGCUCCGCUUACUCACUGCUGGCUCCGCUUACUCACUGCCGGCUCCGCUUACUCACUGCUGGCUCCGCUUACUCACUGCCGGCUCCGCUUACUCACUGCUGGCUCCGCUUACUCACUGCUGGCUCCAGUCUGUCCUGAGGAACCACUGCACUCACUGGGAGUCUGGUCCGCAUCAUGUUAACUCCCCACUCACUGGGAGUCUGGUCCGCAUCAUGUUACCUCCUCACUCACUGGGAGUCUGGUCCGCAUCAUGUUAUCUCCUCACUCACUGGGAGUCUGGUCCGCAUCAUGUUAUCUCCUCACUCACUGGGAGUCUGGUCCGCAUCAUGUUGGCUCCCCACUCACUGGGAGUCUGGUCCGCAUCAUGUUGGCUCCUCACUCACUGGGAGUCUGGUCCGCAUCAUGUUAACUCCUCACUCACUGGGAGUCUGGUCUGCAUCAUGUUGGCUCCCCACUCACUGGGAGUCUGGUCCGCAUCAUGUUAUCUCCUCACUCACUGGGAGUCUGGUCUGCAUCACGUUAUCUCCCCACUCACUGGGGAGUCUGGUCCGCAUCAUGUUAGCUCCCCACUCACUGGGAGGUCUGGUCCGCAUCAUGUUGGCUCCCCACUCACUGGGAGUCUGGUCCGCAUCAUGUUGGCUCCCCACUCACUGGGAGUCUGGUCCGCAUCAUGUUGGCUCCCCACUCACUGGGAGUCUGGUCUGCAUCAUGUUAUCUCCUCACUCACUGGGAGUCUGGUCCGCAUCAUGUUGGCUCCUCACUCACUGGGAGUCUGGUCCGCAUCAUGUUAACUCCUCACUCACUGGGAGUCUGGUCUGCAUCAUGUUGGCUCCCCACUCACUGGGAGUCUGGUCCGCAUCAUGUUAUCUCCUCACUCACUGGGAGUCUGGUCUGCAUCACGUUAUCUCCCCACUCACUGGGAGUCUGGUCCGCAUCAUGUUAGCUCCCCACUCACUGGGAGUCUGGUCCGCAUCAUGUUGGCUCCCCACUCACUGGGAGUCUGGUCCGCAUCAUGUUGGCUCCCCACUCACUGGGAGUCUGGUCCGCAUCAUGUUGGCUCCCCACUCACUGGGAGUCUGGUCCGCAUCAUGUUGGCUCCCCACUCACUGGGAGUCUGGUCCGCAUCAUGUUGGCUCCCCACUCACUGGGAGUCUGGUCUGCAUCAUGUUGGCUCCCCACUCACUGGGAGUCUGGUCUGCAUCAUGUUAUCUCCUCACUCACUGGGAGUCUGGUCUGCAUCACGUUGGCUCCCCACUCAUGCUGCACAGAAGUUAACACACUUGAAUAGUGCAACACGGCAUGUAGAAAUGUUGCAACUGUUAAUUUCUGUACGCUAGAACACUUUACAAUGCAAGAACAAAAGAUAGCAGUAGCUUCCAGCUUUGUAGGCUAACUUUCCUUGCCAGCUUACGGCUUAAGCUAACAUCAGUUCACCACCCUAGUACUUUGUAUGUGAUAAUAUGCAAACCAUAACGCAAAGUAUGCUGAUUUCAAAGCUGCUGAUUGCCACCAAAAACGAUACAGUCAUUGCCAAAAACGUUAUUAAUUCACAACCACCGAAUUGCCUCAGUCACAUCUCUCUUUAAGAGACAGCGUACACUUUUAUAAAAAAAAGUUGUUGAUCAGUACAGUAAAUUUAAGUCCCAAAUGGAAAGGAAACAGAUUUGUUUUUCAUCUGUAGCCCCAUGAAAUCAGCCCACACAAGCUCAAUAACUCAAUGCAUGCACACACUCCUAUUGAAUAUGCGUCCACCUGUAUUUUGUAUAAGCCUAGGCUACAUCUUGAUUUACCCAGUUUAUCAAUAGAGAUUUACCAUUCAAAUAAAUUAUUACCAAUAAUGUUGUGUAGUUAGAUUGGUCAGAUUGAUUGUAUAAUUGAUUAAUUAAUGCUUACAUGGCUGUCUCUGAAGAAUUGUCAUCAAACAUUUCAAAUGUAAUGAUAUUGAACUCAAAAGAUUUGUCUGGAUCAAGUGCCAUUCUAUGACUUUGGCUAAUGCACCUUCUCUUUUUCCUGUGGUAUUGUUUUAGUAUGGAGUAUUGUGAUGAUGGUAUGGAGUAUUGUGAUGGUAUGGAGUAUUGUGAUACUAAUCCUGGUAUCGUGACAACACUAGUAUAGAAGUUACCAAUGCCUGUAUUUAUAUCUGAAUACCUGUAUCUGAAUGCCUGUAUUUAUAUCGGAAUACCUGAAGUUGUAUCUGAAUACCUGUAUUUAUAUCGGAAUACCUGAAGUUGUAUCUGAAUACCUGAAGUUGUAUCUGAAUACCUGUAUUUAUAUCUGAAUACCUGAAGUUGUAUCUGAAUACCUGAAGUUGUAUCUGAAUACCUGAAGUUGUAUCUGAAUACCUGAAGUUGUAUCUGAAUACCUGAAGUUGUAUCUGAAUACCUGAAGUUGUAUCUGAAUACCUGAAGUUGUAUCUGAAUACCUGUAGUUGUAUCUGAAUACCUGUAUUUGUAUGUGAUUAACUAUUCUCUCAUUGUGUUGCAGAGGAAGCCUGUCAGACGGAGACCUCCUCCGUGCUCCCUGCAGCUUCACAACAUGAAACAUGACCAUGGGGAACUGGAGGUAGAAGUCAUUAUGUUUCUGUUUUAGAAAAUGCUGAUUUGGCUACGAGGAAAUUCCCCUCUUAGUAAAUGUCCAGUCUUUUAAACCAAGGCCGGAAAUGACCUUUAAAAUGUCAAGCGCGCCUGAUUGAUGUUUUGGUCUGUUAGUUGUCCUCUUUCUGGGGAUUGCGUUCAAGUGGUCUGUCUCAGUCACUAUCUUGGUCUUAUAGUGACAACCGUCUCUGUUAACUCUUUGGUGUCUGUCGUGUCCAUAGAAACCCAGCAUCGUCUCUCCACAACCCCCCAAAGUCAAGCUGAAGACUUCCAAGAGCUCCCCCCUCAUCGAGAAGCUGCAGGUCAGUGUAUCCCUGUCUGUGUGUUGCUGUCCAAGUCUUGGCCUAGCUGCUCUCAGAUCUGACAAUGAUAUAGUUUGAGAAGUUGACUGAAAGAUCUGGUGCCAGGCAAGGGCAGAAAGCUUUUGUUUGCACUUUCAAAUCACUCCUACAGAAUUGUUUUUCAAUGUGCCUCAAAACAAAGUGAAACCUUUUAGUAGAUGUUGUAGCAGGAAACAACCUCAGAAAACAACCUCUGUCUGACACAGAGGCCAGUAGAAGUGCUGUAGAGAUCUCUGUCUGACACAGAGGCCAGUAGAGGUGCUGUAGAGAUCUCUGUCUGACACAGAGGCCAGUAGAGGUGCUGUAGAUCUCUGUCUGACACAGAGGCCAGUAGAGGACUGUAAAUCUUCUGUUGACACAGGGCCAGUGAGUGCUGUAGAGAUCUCUGUUACAAAGGCCAGAGAGGUGCUGUUAGGAUCUCUGUGACACGAGGCAUAGAGGUGCUGUAGAGAUACUCUGUCUGACAAGUAGGCCAUAGGGUUGAGAGUCUCUGUUCGACACAAGAGCCGUAGAGGUGCUGUAGAAUAUUGGUCUGAACAAGAGCAGUAGAGUGCUUGAGAUCUUGUCUGGACACAGAGCAGUAAAGGUUUGUGUCAGAUCUCUGUCUGACAACAAGGCCAGUAAGGUCUGUAAAUCUCUUCUGAACAGCCAGUGAGGUGCUGUAGAGAUCUACUGCUACACAGAGGCACAGUAGAGUGGGUUAGAAUCUCUUUGGACACAUAGUUGAGAGAGGUAGGAAUGACAUCUGUCUGACAAGAGCCUAGAAGUUCUGUAGGAUCUCUGUCUGACAACAGAGGCCAUAGAGGUGCUGUAGAGAUCCUGUCUACCAGAGCCGUGAAUUGCUUGAUAAACUUAAAACCACAGAAGAAAAAAAUUUUUUGUCCCUAUUUCUGCUAAUGUAUAAACGGAUACUGUUCGUUUACUGUAGGAGCAAGAUAAUUACAUCUAUGAUGGGUUGGUUGUUUCGCAAACAAACCGAGCGUGUGCAAUGGGCAAACGACAGGGUUGCUAGAUUUGGAACUGUAAAUAUUUGUUCAGUGUUAUUGAACAAAUACAUGUAAAAUGACACUGUUUAUCUCCAAUACUGUACAUGUUCAGUGGUGGGUGAUUGGCCUAUUAGCAUAGACAUGACAUCAGUCAAAACACCUCAAAGACAUGGUAUCAAGAAACAAAUUAAAACUAGCUGAAACGAGCCACCGUUGUCAGCCAACCUGUCUAUAUUGUUGUAGUGUAACCAAGGCAACAGCAAGCUUAGAUACCAGCAUACAGCUGUACUGUCACGUUAGUAGGCUGGCAGUGUUUUGCUGUGGCUUUUAUUUCUGACACCAAUCCGCCACCUAGUGGUAUGUAGAUGUCAGUUAAUGAAUAUCCCCGUCCGUGUGAGUGGUGGGGGAAGGGCCCAAUCCCUGAACACUCUCCAAUCGGCUGACAUUGAUGAGCUAAUGAGCUCAAGGACAGAGAGAGAGUGAGAGUGAGAGAGAGAGAGAGAGACUGAGACAGAGAGAGACAGAGAGGCCAUUCUCUGACAGGCUGGCAGGCAGCUUUACUUCACUGUAGUCUCUCUGACUCCCUCGGCUCGGCUCGGACAGAAGCCAUGGGACAGAAUGGUUGUCGCUUCUCUCUCUUCUUCUUCUCCCCCGUCCAGGUAGGAAAGAACAGAAUCCCUCCUCCAUCACUAGGAUGUUAGAGGGAGGUUGUGUUCUGUAGGGUGGCUCAGUGCUGGUCCGUAGGUAGUCAGGACUGGGUCGUAGUUGUGUUGCGUCAGGUGUGUACUGUGUUGAAUAGAGGAGGGCACUUCAGGAUACUGAAGCAGGACAAGGACAGUAAUCUCUCUCUCUCUCUCUCUCUCUCUCUCUCUCUCUCUCUCUCUCUCUCUCUCUCUCUCUCUCUCUCUGUCUCGCUCUCUGUCCUGUUCUAUGACGCAGGUACAAAUCUGCUUGGUGCCUACACAGCUUUUCUGGGGGAAUAGGAGGAGUGGGUCAGUGUCUUUGUGAAUAGGAGGAGUGGGUCAGUGUCUUUGUGGAUAGAGGAGUGGGUCAGUGUCUUUGUGAAUAGGAGUGGGUCAGUGUCUUUGUGAAUAGGAGGAGUGGGGUCAGUGUCUUUGUGAAUAGGAGGAGUGGGUCAGUGUCUUUGUGAAUAGGAGGAGUGGGUCAGUGUCUUUGUGAAUAGGAGGAGUGGGUCAGUGUCUUUGUGAAUAGAGGAGUGGGUCAGUGUCUUUGUGAAUAGGAGGAGUGGGUCAGUGUCUUUGUGAAUAGGAGGAGUGGGUCAGUGUCUUUGUGAAUAGGAGGAGUGGGUCAGUGUCUUUGUGAAUAGGAGGAGUGGGUCAGUGUCUUUGUGAAUAGGAGUGGGUCAGUGUCUUUGAAUAGAGGAGUAGGUCAGUGUCUUUGUGAAUAGGAGGAGUGGGUCAGUGUCUUUGUGAAUAGGAGGAGUGGGUCAGUGUCUUUGUGAAUAGGAGGAGUGGGUCAGUGUCUUUGUGAUAGGAGUGGGUCAGUGUCUUUGAAUAGAGGAGUAGGUCAGUGUCUUUGUGAAUAGGAGGAGUGGGUCAGUGUCUUUGUGAAUAGAGGAGUGGGUCAGUGUCUUUGUGAAUAGGAGGAGUGGGUCAGUGUCUUUGUGAAUAGGAGGAGUGGGUCAGUGUCUUUGUGAAUAGGAGGAGUGGGUCAGUGUCCUUUGUGAAUAGGAGGAGUGGGUCAGUGUCUUUGAUAGAUAGUAGGAGUAGGUGUCUUUGUGAAUAGGAGGAGUGGGUCAGUGUCUUUGUGAAUAGGAGGAGUGGGUCAGUGUCUUUGUGAAUAGGAGGAGUGGGUCAGUGUCUUUGUGAAUAGGAGGAGUGGGGUCAGUGUCUUUGUGAAUAGGAGGAGUGGGUCAGUGUCUUUGUGAAUAGGAGGAGUGGGUCAGUGUCUUUGUGAAUAGGAGUGGGUCAGUGUCUUUGUGAAUAGAGGAGUGGGUCAGUGUCUUUGUGAAUAGGAGGAGUGGGUCAGUGUCUUUGUGAAUAGGAGGAAUGGGUCAGUGUCUUUGUGAAUAGGAGGAGUGGGUCAGUGUCUUUGUGAAUAGGAGGAGUGGGUCAGUGUCUUUGUGAAUAGAGGAGUGGGUCAGUGUCUUUGUGGAUAGAGGAGUGGGUCAGUGUCUUUGUGAAUAGGUGGAGUGGGUUAGUGUCUUUGUGAAUAGGAGGAGUGGGUCAGUGUCUUUGUGAAUAGGAGGAGUGGGUCAGUGUCUUUGUGAAUAGACGAGUGGGUCAGUGUCUUUGUGAAUAGGAGGAGUGGGUCAGUGUCUUUGUGAAUAGGAGGAGUGGGUCAGUGUCUUUGUGAACAGGAGGAGUGGGUCAGUGUCUUUGUGAAUAGAGGAGUGGGUCAGUGUCUUUGUGAAUAGGAGGAGUGGGUCAGUGUCUUUGUGAAUAGGAGGAGUGGGUCAUUGAGCUAUUAACAGAUUUUGGUUUGUCUAUUUUGUCGCCUGUGUUAGUGAAGUCGUCAUGUGUCUCUCUUUCUUAAGCAGUUGUCUGUGGGCUUUGAUGGAUGGGAUCUGGAAGCCUAUGUCAUGUGUGUACAGUUGAAGUCGGAAGUUUACGUACACUUAGGUUGGAGUCAUUAAAACUCGUUUUCAACUACUCCACAAAUUUCUUGUUAACAAAGUAUAGUUUUGGCAAGUCGGUUAGGACAUCUACUUUGUGCAUGGCACAAGUCAUUUUUCCAACAAUUGUUUACAGACACAUUAUUUCACUUAUAAUUCACUGUAUCACAAUUCCAGUGGGUCAGAAGUUUACAUACACUAAGUUGACUGUGCCUUUAAACAGCUUGGAAGAUUCCAGAAAAUGAUGUCAUGGCUUUAGAAGCUUCUGAUAGGCUAAUUGACAUCAUUUGAGUCAAUUGGAGGUGUACCUGUGGAUGUAUUUCAAAGGCCUACCUUCAAACUCAAAUAUUGUAGACCUCCACAAGACUGGUUCAUCCUUGGGAGCAAUUUCCAAAUGCCUGAAGGUACCACGUUCAUCUGUACAAACAAUAGUACGCAAGUAUAAACACCAUGGGACCACGCAGCCGUCAUACUGCUCAGGAAGGAGACGCGUUCUGUCUCCUAGAGAUGAACGUACUUUGGUGCGAAAAGUGCAAAUCAAUCCCAGAACAACAGCAAAGGACCUUGUGAAGAUGCUGGAGGAAACAGUUACAAAAGUAUCUAUAUCCACAGUAAAACAAGUCCUAUAUCGACAUAACCUGAAAGGCCGCUCAGCAAGGAAGAAGCCACUGCUCCAAAACCGCCAUAAAAAAAGCCAGACUACGGUUUGCAACUGCACAUGGGGACAAAGAUCGUACUUUUUGGAGAAAUGUCUUCUGGUCUGAUGAAAGAAAAACAGAACUGUUUGGCCAUAAUGACCAUCGUUAUGUUUGGAGGAAAAAGGGGAAGGCUUGCAAGCUGAAGAACACCAUCCCAACCGUGAAGCACGGGGGUGGCAGCACCAUGCUGUGGGGGUGCUUUGCUGCAGGAGGGACUGGUGCACUUCACAAAAUAGAUGGCAUCAUGAGGAAGGAAAAUUAUGUGGAUAUAUUGAAGCAACAUCUCAAGACAUCAGUCAGGAAGUUAAAGCUUGGUCGCAAAUGGGUCUUCCAAAUGGACAAUGACCCCAAGCAUACUUCCAAAGUUGUGGCAAAAUGGCUUAAGGACAACAAAGUCAAGGUAUUGGAGUGGCCAUCACAAAGCCCUGACGUCAAUCCUAUAGAAAAUUGUGGGCAGAACUGAAAAAGCAUUUGUGCGAGCAAGGAGGCCUACAAACCUGACUCAGUUACACCAGCUCUGUCAGGAGGAAUGGGCCAAAAUUCACCCAACUUAUUGUGGGAAGCUUGUGGAAGGCUACCAAAAACGUUUGACCCAAGUUAAACAAUUUAAAGGCAAUGUUCUGACCCACUGGGAAUGUGAUGAAAUAAAUAAAAGCUGAAAUAAAUCAUUCUCUCUACUAUUAUUCUGACAUUUCACAUUCUUAAAAUAGAGUGGUGAUCCUAACUGACCUAAGACAGGGAAUUUUUACUAGAAUGAAAUGUCAGGAAUUGUGACAAACUGAGUUUAAAUGUAUUUGGCUAAGGUGUAUGUAAACUUCCGACUUCAACUGUACAUGUACCUCAUAGUUCUGCUUUUAAAACUUCGUACCAGAAUCAAGCUCUUCUGUCUCUCUCUCUUCUGGCCUAUGUAGCAUUGUUGCUCAUAGUCUAGCUGCCUGUCUUUUAUAACCUUUAGUGGAUAGGGGUCUAGAUUCAACCAAAAGGUGAACUUUCAUCUGUAGCCCCUGGGCAGGUAGUUAAAAACCCGUCAUGGUGAGACUGCAAGAUCAUCGGCGCUGACCUCUCUCUCUUUCUCUAACCUAUCCUAUCUCCCCUCCCUCUCUCUCUCUCUCUUUCUCUCUCUCUCCAACUCCAGGCAAACCUAGCCCUGUCGCCCACCUCUCUGCUGCCCUCGCCCAAGAGUCCCGAGGUGAAGCUGGCGCCGACGCCCAUCUCCCCCACAACCCCUUGCUUCUCUCCCACAACCCCUUGCAGCCCCCUCAGCCCCACCCUGAGGCCCCAACUGUCCAGUGAGGAGGAGGAGCCGGUAAGCUUCGAGAGGCCGGCGGAGGGCCCCCCACUAUCCAGCUUUAACAAGGUAGGGAUUCUAGUGAUGAACAUUGUGUAUUAUACACUGAGUGUACAAAACAUUAAGAACACCUUCCUAAUAGACUCCCAAGUGGUGCAGUGGUCUAAGGCACUGCAUCGCAGUGCUAGCUGUGCCACUAGAGAUCCUGGUUAGAGUCCAGGCUCUGUCGCAGCCGGCCGCAACCGGGAGACCCAUGGGCGGCGCACAAUUGGUCCAGCGUCGGCCAAGGUAGGGGAUAUUGUCCCUAUACGAUAUAUCACAGAUCUGACGAGAGGCCGUUAGACGGCACCAAUAAGUCUGUCUGGAGAUAAUUUUUUGGCUAGGUGUACUGAACCUAUCAUACAUGUAGGUUCAGGGUAGGUUUCUUAGAGGGCAGGCAGGUAGCCUGUCUGUUAGAGCGUUGGGCCUUUAACCGAAAGGUCGCUGGUUUAAUGCCCGACCCGACAUGGUAAAAAAUCUUUGAUGUCCCUUUGGCAAGGCCUUAAUCUAAUUUUCUCCAGAGCUCCGUUGCUUGACGACCCUUUAAAACAACAAUUUCAUGCACCUAUCAUACUUUGGGGUGACCCCGUAAAAAAACACAUUAACCCGCACCUAUCAUAACUAGGUGACCCCGUAAAACACAUUCACUGGACCCAUCAUACUCUAGGGGACCUUUAAAACACCCAUUUAAAUGGCCAUCUACUACUAUGGUGACCCCGUAAAAAAACCUUAAAAUGACCCUUUAUAUACUAGGCUGACCCCGUAAAACAAAAACCUUACCGCACCUUAUACUCUAUGGCUACCCUGAAAAAAAAACACAUUACACGCACCUAUCAUACUAUAUGGCUACCCCGUAAAAACACUUUCACUGCACCCUUUAUACUACUAUGGCUCCCUGUAAAACAAAACAUUACCUGCAACCCAUCCUAUCUAUGGCUGACCCUUUAAAAAAAACACUUUCACUGCACCCCAUCAAAUACUAUGGUGACCCUGUAAAAAAACACAUUACACUACCUAUCAUCUACUAUGGCUGACCCUGUAAAACAACACUUACAUGGACCUAAUACUACUAUAUGACCCCGUAAAAACACAUUUCACUGGCCUUCUACUACUAGGCUGACCCUGUAAAAAAAACAUUACACUGCACUAUCAACUACUCGGGUGACCCGUAA